AUGGCCGCUGUAAGAUGCAACUACGUUACUGAAAUCACUCCUGCAAAGGAAUCCUGGGAUGUUGUUGUUCAAGUUAUUCGCUUAUGGUUUGUGUCAAACAUGAAUUCGAAGCAAAAAUAUUAUGUGAUGGAAAUGGUUCUAAUGGGUGAAAAGGGUGACAACAUUCAGGCUUCUGUUAAAAAAAAUUUGCUGUCUCGGUUUGAUAAUAAGAUUUGUGAGGGUAUUGUUUAUAAUUUUAAAUAUUUUGGUGUGGCUGCUAAUACUGGAGCGUAUAGGACCAUAAAACACCAGUUCAAGUUGAAUUUGCAGAAUCCCAAUGUGGUUACAGAAGUUGGUGCUGACUGA